GCUCCCCAGAAUAAAGAAAUCCAGGACACUAGCAAAGAACGACCCAAAGAUCCAAAACAUGGCUGUGUUGCUGCAAGUGACAGUGAAACCGAUCAUGCAUCAACGGCGCAACGAGCAAUUGGAAAAAGAAAUACGCGAACAGAGCGAAGACAAAACAAAUUAAACAAUAAGCAAGUUAGCGGAACUAAUGACGUUGAUAAAUUCAAAGGCCAUGGAAAUUCAGGCUUCAAAACUAAACCCAGUUGCAGCGUACAGCAGGAAAGUAAUCCCCAUUUAAAUGGUAGUGACGAAAGAAUUGAUGAUAGAACCGUAGAACGGUGGUAG